AUGUGCGACCAACGGCCCGUUUGCUUAUGUCAGCGAGUCCCACUCUCAUUUCGCAUUUUUGCAGCGCAAGAAGCGAACGCGUUGUACACCACCAUGGUUAACAUUGACUUUGAAAAGAUCUAUCUUAACCAGUCCAAGCAGAGUGGCCGGAUGCGUGUCGCCGAUCUGGGUCUUGGAUGGAAGGCGUCUGGAGAAGCAAAAGAGCCAUUUCUCUUGCCUACUGAAGAGAUGCUUUCGACGAUUUGGUCGAGAGGAUGUCGAGGCUAUGAGCUCAGAGUGCAAACUAAGAACAAGGGAGUCAUCCUGUUGGAUGGAUUUGCCGUGGAAGACUAUGCUCAAUUGAAACAGGAGAUGCAGCGCAAUUUUCUGCUUAAUUUAGAGCACCGUGAACACUCUUUACGUGGGUGGAAUUGGGGAAAAUCCGACUUUGCAAGAAACGAAUUGGUGUUCCAAGUCAACAACAAGCCAGCGUUUGAGCUUCCAUACGCCGAUAUCAGCAAUGCGAAUCUUACCGGAAAAAAUGAAGUGGCGGUUGAGAUGAAUUUGGAUUCUGGUAAGGCUGGUGACGAGUUGGUGGAAAUGCGGUUUUACAUUCCUGGCAUGGUCGAGAACGAGGAAAAGAAGGACGAAAAAGACGAAGCCGAAACAGCUGUGUCUACAGAAACCCAGGCAUCAGUGUUCUACGAACAACUUAAAGACAGGGCCAAUAUUGGCCAAGUGGCAGGUGAAGCGAUUGUAUCUUUCUCUGACGUGCUCUUCUUGACACCUCGUGGUCGUUAUGAUAUCGACAUGUACCCUGGCUCGUUGCGUUUGAGAGGAAAGACAUAUGACUACAAGAUCCAGUACAAACAGAUCGAGCGGAUCUUCUCGCUUCCUAAACCUGAUGAUACUCACCAGUUGAUGGUGUUACAAAUAGAUCCUCCAUUGAGGCAAGGUCAAACCAGAUAUCCAUUCCUUGUGAUGCAGUUUGCCAAGGAGGAGGAAAUUGAAGUCGAAUUGAACGUCUCGGAUGAAGACUAUGAAAAGUAUAAAGAAAGGCUCAAAAGAUCAUACGAUGCCCAGACUUAUUUGGUGAUGUCACACUGUUUCAAAGGAUUGAGUGAGCGUCGUGUUAUAGUUCCCGGCUCGUUCCAGUCUCGCUUUGCUCAACCAGGUGUAUCAUGUUCGCUCAAAGCAUCAGAGGGUUACUUGUACCCUCUUGAGCGGUGUUUCCUCUUUGUCACAAAACCAACGAUCUACAUUCCAUUUUCAGAGGUUCUGUCCGUUUCAAUGUCAAGAACUGGAACUGGGGGUGUUACAUCACGUACCUUCGAUCUUGAAGUUACCCUCAAGGGAAGUGGAUCGCAUGUGUUUGCUAAUAUAGAAAAGGAGGAACAAGAGACAAUUGAAAACUAUUGUACGCUGAAGGGAUUAAAGGUUCAAAAUGAGGAGAAAAUUGCCAAGGCCAUGAUAGCCAAGGCCAUCAAUGAAGCCGAUGAAGAUGUAGACAUGGGCAGUGCAGAUUCCGAGAGUGAAGAUGGAGACUUCGAUGCUCAAAGUGAGAGUGAUGUGGCCGAAGAAUUCGAUUCUGAAGCGUCGGCGUCCGAUUCUGGAGCUGACGACGAUGAUGAACCACCAAAGAAGAAAGUCAAAGAAGAAUGA